AGCCUCUGCUGCACCCUCUGCCUUCACAAUUUCAUAAUUUUCAUGGAUGGGUAUGGUCCACUGCAAGUGAAGUAGAAGCCUUUUCCUCUUUCCUCGCCUGAUUUUCUCGGAAAAGGGGAUAUGGAAAUCAGCAGCUCUCAAAAUGGUAGCAUCAUGUGGUUCUUCAGGGAUAAAGGUUUUGAUGAUAAGAGCAUCCAUGAAAUGUUCAAGAAGUGCAAGCGCUUAGAGGGUGUGCACAGGGACAGAGCCUCUGAGAACUGGGCUUACUUGAGAACCAUUGGUAUUCAGGAUAGAAAGAUACCUUCCAUUGUUACAAAGUGCCCUAAAAUCCUUGCUCUAGGCCUCAAUGAGAAGAUUGUCCCUAUGGUCCAGUGCCUUGCCACUUUGGGAACAAAACCCAGUGAGGUUGCUUCAGCCAUAGCCAAAUUUCCUCACAUACUCUCUCAUAGUGUGGAAGAGAAGCUCUGUCCCCUCCUGGCUUUCUUUCAGGCACUGGGAGUCCCUGAGAAGCAACUUGGAAAGGUGAUCUUGGUCAAUCCUCGGCUCAUCAGCUAUAGUAUUGAAUCUAAGCUUACACAAAUUGUUGACUUUCUUGCUAGUCUUGGCUUUACCAGAGAGGGGAUGAUUGGUAAAGUUUUGCAGAAAUACCCAUUUAUCAUGGGCUAUAGUGUUGAUAAAAGGCUACGCCCUACUUCAGAGUUCUUGAAAUUAAUUGGUCUGACAGAGCAGGAUCUUCAAAAAGUGGCAAUGAAUUUCCCUGAAGUCUUCUGUAGAGAUGCAAACAAGAUUCUGAGCCCCAAUGUUGCUUAUCUAAAGAGAAGAGGGUUUGAAGAUGGACAGAUAGCAGCUCUAGUGUCUGGUUAUCCCCCUAUUUUGAUCAAGAGCAUAAAGAAUUCUUUAGAACCUAGGAUAAGGUUUUUGGUAGAAGUAAUGAAGAGAGAUAUUAAUGAAGUUGUUAACUAUCCUGACUUCUUCCGUUGCGGUUUAAAGAAGACAUUGGAGUUGAGGCAAAAACUUUUGGAACAGAGGAAAAUAGAAUGUAGCUUGAGUGAAAUGCUUGAUUGUAAUCAAAAGAAGUUCUUAUUAAAGUUUAAUUUGAUUGAAAGACCUACCUAAGGUACAGCAACAAUUUCUUUGCUCUGUUAUUAUGUAACCUGCGGUUAUGUUGGUCUUGCAAUAUAAAUUUAUUUCCUUCA